ACAACAACUGAGAGCACAACUGUUAGUACUACUGAAACAACUAUACCAGCCACAACAACUGAGAGCACAACCGAAACAACUACACCCACCACAACAACAGAAUCAACAUCAGCCACAACAAUUGAGAGCACAAUUUUCAGUACAACUGAAACAACUACACCCACCACAACAACAGAAUCAACAUCAGCCACAACAAUUGAGAGCACAACUACAACUACACCAUCCACAACAACAGAAUCAACAUCAGCCACAACUGCUGAGAGCACAACUGUUAGUACAACUGAAACAUCUACACCAGCCACAACAACUGAAUCAACAUCAGCCACAACUGAGAGCACAACUGUUAGUACAUCUGAAACAUCAACACCAGCCACUACAACAGAAUCAACAUCAGCCACAACAACUGAGAGCACAACUGUUAGUACAACUGAGACAACUACACCAGAACCAUCAACAACAACAGAAUCUACAACAGCAACAGCUACUGAGAGCACAACUACAACUACACCAGCAACAACAACUGAGAGCACAACUGUUAGUACAACUGAGACAACUACACCAGCCACAACAACUGAGAGCACAACUGUUAGUACAACUGUAACAACUACACCAGCCACAACAACUGAUAGCACAACUAUUAGUACAACUGAAACAACUACACCAACCACAACAACACAAUCAACAUCAGCCACAACAACUGAGAGCACAACUACAACUACACCAGCCACAACAACUGAGAGCACAACUGUUAGUACAACUGAAACAACAACACCAGCCACAACAACUGAGAGCACAACUGUUAGUACAACUGAGACAACUACACCAACCACAACAACAGAAACAACAUCAGCCACAACAACUGAGAGCACAACUGUUCGUACAACUGAAACAACUACACCAACCACAACAACAGAAUCAACAUCAGCCACAACAACUGAGAGCACAACUACAACUACACAAGCCACAACUACUGAGAGCACAACUGUUAGUACAACUGAAACAACUACACCAGCCACAACAACUCAGAGCACAACUGUUAGUACAACUGAAACAACUACACCAGCCACAACAACUGAGAGCACAACUCUUAGUACAACUGAAACAACUACACCAGUCACAACAACUGAGAGUACAACUGUUAGUACAACUGAAACAACUACACCAACCACAACAACAGAAUUAACAUCAGCCACAACAACUGAGAGCACAACUGUAAUCUACAACAGCAACAGCUACUCACCAAUAAUAACAGAAUCAGCAACAGCCACGACAACUGAGAGAACAACUGUUAGUUCAACUGAAAUAACUACACCAGCUACAACAACUGAUAGCACAACUGUUAGUACAACUGAAUCAACUACACCAGCCACAACAACUGAGAGCACAACUGUUAGUACAACUGAAACAACUACACCAGCCACAACAACUGAGAGCACAACUGUUAGUACAACUGAGACAACUACACCAGCCACAACAACUGAAAGCACAACUGUUAGUACAACUGAAACAACUACACCAGCCACAACAACUGAGAGUACAACUGUUAGUUCUACUGAAACAACUACACCAUCCACAACAACUGAGAGCACAACUGUUAGUACAACUGAAACAACUACACCAGCCACAACAACUGAGAGCACAACUGAAACAACUACACCAACCACAACAACUGAGAUCACAACUGUUAGUACAACCGAGACAACUACACAAGCCACAAUAACUGAGAGCACAACUGUUAGUACAACUGAAACAACUACACCAUCCACAACAACUGAGAGCACAACUCUUAGUACAACUGAAACAACUACACCAAGCACAACUGUUAGUACAACUGAGACAACUACACCAGCACCAUCAACAACAACAGAAUCUACAACAGCAACAACAACUGAGAGCACAUCUGUUAGUACAACUGAGACAACUACACCAGCACCAUCAACAACAACAGAAUCUACAACAGCAACAACAACUGAGAGCACAACUGUUAGUACAACUGACAGAACUACAACAGCCACAACAACUGAGAGCACAACUGUUAGUACAACUGAAACAACUACACCAACCACAACAACUGAGAUCACAACUGUUAGUACAACCGAGACAACUACACAAGCCACAACAACUGAGAGCACAACUGUUAGUACAACUGAAACAACUACACCAUCCACAACAACUGAGAGCACAACUGUUAGUACAACUGAAACAACUACACCAGCCACAACAACUGAGAGCACAACUGUUAGUACAACUGAAUCAACUACACCAGCCACAACAACUGAGAGCACAACUGUUAGUACAACUGAAACAACUACACCAGCCACAACAACUGAGAGUACAACUGUUAGUACAACUGAAACAACUACACCAGCCACAACAACUGAGAGCACAACUGAAACAACUACACCAACCACAACAACUGAGACCACAACUGUUAGUACAGCUGAGAUAACUACACCAGCCACAACAACUGAGAGCACAACUGUUAGUACAACUGAAACAACUACUCCAGCCACAACAACUGAGAGCACAACUGUUAGCACAACAGAAUCAACAUCAGCCACAACAACUGAGAGCACAACUGUUAGUACAACUGAAACAACUACUCCAGCCACAACAACAGAAUCAACAUCAGCCACAACAACUGAGAGCACAACUGUUAGUACAACUGAAACAACUACACCAACCACAACAACAGAAUCAUCAGCCACAACAACUGAGAGCACAACUGUUAGUACAACUGAAACAACUACACCAACCACAACAACAGAAUCAUCAGCCACAACAACUGAGAGCACAACUGUUAGUACAACUGAAACAACUACACCAGCCACAACAACUCAGAGCACAACUGUUAGUACAACUGAAUCAACUACACCAGCCACAACAACUGAGAGCACAACUGUUAGUACAACUGAAACAACUACACCAACCACAACAACAGAAUCAUCAGCCACAACAACUCAGAGCACAACUAGCACAACUGUUAGUACAACUGAAACAACUACACCAGCCACAACAACUGAGAGCACAACUGUUAGUACUACUGAAACAACUACACCAUCCACAACAACUGAGAGCACAACUGUUAGUACAACUAAAACAACUACACCAGCCACAACAACUGAGAGCACAACUGAAACAACUACACCAACCACAACAACUGAGAUCACAACUGUUAGUACAACCAAGACAACUACACAAGCCACAACAACUGAGAGCACAACUGUUAGUACAACUGAAACAACUACACCAGCCACAACAACUGAGAGCACAACUCUUAGUACAACUGAAACAACUACACCAGUCACAACAACUGAGAGCACAGCUGUUAGUACAACUGAAACAAUUACUCCAGCCACAACAACUGUGAGCACAACUGUUAGUACAACUGAGACAACUACACCAACCACAACAACUGAAAUCACGACUGUUAGUACAACUGAAACA